AUGGACGAAGGCUCGCCUCAUGGGGCGAUGGCGGGAGCUAACGGUCCUCUCGGGCCGCAGCGAAGACGCUCGCCGCGGUUCAGUUCUCCGCAAGCUCCGCUGGGAGGUGAGAAGAUGGCGCUGGGAAUUAAACGCUCCAUCACCGUGCGGAAAAUAGCGCCCAGAAAAACGAGCGCUUCGUCUAAACACAACAAGGAGAACACGCCGAGGCACUCCGAGCAGGUACAGCAGCUGAAGACCAAAGUCUCAACCCCCGAUCCCGGCCCGGACCGCAGGGCCUCCUCCUCCGCCGCGAGGAAGAAGCAGCAGGCGCCCAUGCCCUCACGGAUCCUCCCGUCCUCCCCACCGGACUCCUGUCGGACCCAGCAGCCGGCUGCUGAACCAGAGGCCGGCGUGUGUGCGCAGAAAGCCCGCCGGUCCUAUAGCAGGCUCAGCGACAGUUCCCUCCACAGUAGCCCCGACUCCAGAGAAACGUUAUUCGGCUUCGAGAGGCUGAGGACCCCGGAGGUUGUCCGGAAGUCCAAGCAGACCAGGGACGCUCUGGAAGUUUCUGGACCCAUCACGUCUUUCACUGAAUCGACCGACGAGGGCUUUGCUGAACCGGACCCGAACAUCCCCGGAGUGUCGGUGUCAAAGGAGCGGAGGAGGAGGCGGAAGGUGCCGCAGAUUGACUCGGCCGAGCUGGACCAUCUGGCCGCUCAGAUGAACGCGGAGUUCCGGGAGGCCGAGGAGUUCGAGUUGGUGGUGGAGUAGAACCGAACCCACCAGAACCAGCGUAUGGAUCUUUGACUGGAGGGGUGGUGGGGGUGUAAAUACGUCCGGGACUCUUGAUGGAUUGUAUAUGUAGCUCGUGAAGGUUUUUUUCUCUACACCAUCAUGGUUCGGUCCAUUUGGACUUCCUGUGUCGGCUCUGUAGCUUGAGAGUUCUGGAUAAAUCAAAACGGACUUUGUUCUGGUUAAGCGGUUCUGAUCAGAUCCCAGACCGGUUCUGAUGCAGUAUUCUUUACUGAAUAAACCAGAGAAACAACACGAGCCCAGUAGAACCGAACCAGAACCAGAACGUCUCUGCUGACAGAGUUGAACUGACUUCAGGUUAAAGCUGCUUUUCUGGCUUUGUGGAGUUUUUUGUUGGACUUUUCCAGGUUUUCCUGUCAGUUUUCCUUUCUGCUUCCUAAUAAACCCACACUGAAGCAAG